AUGUGCCACGGCCUAGCCAGCAUCCCACUCUGUUCGCACUGGCGGUGUGAAAAAUAUCGGAUAGAGGUGAAGCCAAUGAAAACCAUGGCAGCUCCAUUCAGAUCACUUGUGGAAGAUUAUCCGAGAUACCUCAAAUCAUUCGAGCUCUUUCUGGAGCGCUCAUCAGAGCACCAGUGCAUGCAGGACUUCAUUCAUAAUACACUACCUGACAUACUGGCAAGCAUUGGAGGGGGAAGACCCAUUCUCAAUGUAAUAGGAGUAGGGAGUGGAGCAGGUGAGAUUGAUCUAGAGAUGUUCACUCAGCUACACCUGAAACAUCCACAUGUCAAAGUCAACAAUGAAGUGGUGGAACCAAGCAAUGACAUGCUGCACAAGUAUAAAGUUCGGGUAUCAACCACUCCAGGUCUUGAUCACAUUAACUUUGCGUGGAACAAGAUGACAGCGUCUGAGUUUGAAAAACACUGGCAAGAGAAAAACUCUGGGAAAAAGAUGGACUUCAUUCACAUGAUACAGAUGCUGUACUAUGUCAAAGAUCCAGAGGCCACUGUUUCAUUUUUUCGGAAUCUUCUAGAAAAAGAUGGGAAACUCUUGAUCAUUCUGGUGUCAGGCGAGAGUGGAUGGGGCAAAUUAUGGACGACCUUUAAACAACAGCUCUGUAACACUGAGAUCAGCCAGUGUGUCACUACAGGAGAUAUAAAGACCUUCUUCGAUUCUGAGGGCAUCCCCUACCGUAACCAUGAGCUUCUGUCCCAGAUGGACAUCACAGAGUGUUUCACUGAGGGAGACCCGGUGGGAGAACUGCUGCUGGAUUUCCUUACUGAGGUGAUAGAGUUCAGUAAGAAUGCUCCUGAAGACCUGAAGAAAGGAGUGCUGGACUUACUGAGACAUCCUGACUGCAGUAAAGAGGUGGACGGCAGGAUCAUUUUCAACAACAACCUGGGAGUAUUAGUGGUUGAGCCGUAGAUAUAAAGCAGUAGCUUUAUAUCUCACCUCCACAAGGCCUUUGCAGUUAAUAUUCAGUCUAAUACAGUGGUUCUGAACCUUUUUGA